AGGAGGGGAAGACGACCGUCUCUAUCCGCUGGGAAGUCCCUAUCGAGUUCAACGAUUCGCGGCCAACAUAAGGGAAAGAAAACGGAUGCUCAGCAUCAACAGCGCAUUCGACGAGCUGCGGGUCCACGUCCCGACCUUCCCCUACGAGAAGCGACUGAGCAAGAUCGACACCCUGAGACUCGCCAUAGCCUACAUCGCGCUUCUCAAGGAUAUCCUCUCGUCCGAGAUGAACCCGGUCACGUUCGUGGCGAAAUGCCUUCGAGGCGAGGUCAAGGCUUCUCGGGUCGCCGACUGGAACACGAGCGAUUUGACGGCUCGGCUGACGUGGAUCAACUGGGAGAACCUGGGCGUGAAUCCUAACUGCAGGGCCGCAUUCGCUGCGCUCUCCUUUGUCCAUCAGGAGCGGGAGCGGGGACACGAUGAGUGAGUACUUGCUGGUACUUGAUGGGUACUGGGAGUUUUCUUCUUAGAGAGGAGGAUCUGGGAAUGUUUUAUAUCAUGCUGUGUUAUGAAUUUCGUCGAUCUCGUAUGUCAAUGCUAGUCAUGUUGUUCG